UACCCUCCUCCCCUUCUCCCAAAUUCAAAACCCUAAUUCUCCCUCUCUCUCUCUCCCCAGCAUUGAGAGCCAACAUAGAAGAAAAUAGUAAAGAAAAGCAGAAGGCGCAACACUCUCUCCUGUCCUCUCCUCUCCCAUGGCUUAAAGUCAAAACCCCUUUUCGUCAAAUGAUCUGAAUUUUUUUUUUUUUUUUUUUAAAGUUCACAUUUUUAUUUUUUACCCAAAAUUGUUGACUCUCGUGAUUGGCUUAUUAGUAGCAAUGUCGGAUGACAUGCUCAUCCAUUUCUCCUCCAACUCCUUCAACCAGUCGGACCACUCUCUGCCCACCAAGAUUGCUAAGCUCGAAGCCCGAAUGGUCGGCAAGGCCUCCUCCGCCUCCGCCUCCUCCGCCCUUCCUGCUCUCCAGCAGCAACAGCAGCAGCAGCAGCAGCCGAGAUUCACCACGGCUGACUUGGCCGAGCCUUCAACUUCGAGUGAUUCCGACGACGAUAAUGGAGGGGAGUUUCUGAUACAAGCCAACACUCAGAAGCGCCAGAAACUUCAAGAAGAUGGUAGUUCAACUGUUCUUGAACAUGUUGAGGCAGUGGUUGAUGGGAGGCAGAUGGUUGUAGAAACUGUUGAUACCAAAGCAACUUCUGAUGUAAACAAAAAAAAACAUGGGCGUGGUAGGGGGAAUUCAAUUUCAGGUAGGGUUCGUGGUUCAAGAGUCAGUGAUCAGACAAGAUUAUUAGUUACUCCUUUGACAGUUUCACCUCUCAAUGGUCAGUCUGAGAACCCAUACAAUAAGGAUAGGGAUAGCAGGCCUAAAGAGCAGCUUCGGAAUGACAACUGCUCUUCAUUAGAUGAGGAGAUUGCAUCUUUACGUGCAACAGUUGCUGCGCUAGAGGAGGACUUGCGAAAAUCACGUCAAGAGGCCUCUGAUUAUCAGAAUCUUUGCCGUCAAUCAGAGAAGGAAUUGAAUGAUGUAAAAGAGCUUGAACAAAAAAUGAAGCCAAAGAGAACAAAAGUGAUCUCUGAUCUGCUGAUAUCUGUUUCGAAAGCAGAAAGGCAGGAAGCAAGGUUGAAAGUACGACAGGACUCUUUGAGGCUUGGCAAUGUGGGUGUCAUCAGAGCUGGAACUGUCAUAUCUGAGACAUGGGAAGAUGGGCAAGCCUUGAAAGAUCUCAAUGCUCAUCUUAGACAAUUAUUAGAAACUAAGGAGGCUGUUGAGCGGCAGCGAAAGUCAUUUAAGAAAAAGCAAAGUGAUAAGGGUGAUGGAGUUGAUGCUGAAACUGGAAUGCAAGAAGAACUUCUAGUCCAGGAUGAGAUCUAUAAAUCCCGUCUAGCCAGCAUCAAACGAGAGGAGGAAGUUAUCCUGCGUGAAAGAGACCGAUAUGAACUGGAGAAGGGAAGGCUUAUACGUGAAAUGAAACGCAUACGAGAUGAGGAUGGUUCCCGUUUUAACAAUUUUCAGAUUCUCAACCACAGAUAUGCCCUCUUAAAUCUCCUUGGCAAAGGGGGAUUCAGUGAAGUUUACAAGGCAUUUGACUUGGUAGGGCAUAGAUACGUUGCAUGUAAACUUCAUGGUUUAAAUGCUCAGUGGAGUGAAGAGAAGAAGCAAAGUUACAUACGACAUGCAAUCCGGGAGUACAAUAUACACAAGACUUUGGUGCAUCAUCACAUUGUUCGACUUUGGGACAUUUUUGAGAUUGAUCAAAAUACAUUCUGCACUGUCUUAGAGUAUUGCAGUGGGAAAGAUCUUGAUGCUGUCCUUAAAGCAACACCUGUGUUACCCGAGAGGGAAGCUAGGAUCAUUAUCUUUCAGAUAUUUCAAGGUCUUAUAUACUUGAACAAAAGAACACAGAAGAUUAUACAUUAUGAUUUGAAGCCUGGAAAUGUUCUAUUUGACGAACUCGGGGUUGCAAAAGUGACCGACUUUGGUCUUAGCAAGAUAGUGGAGGAUGAUGUUGGAUCCCAGGGUAUGGAACUAACAUCCCAGGGUGCUGGGACUUAUUGGUAUUUACCUCCUGAAUGCUUCGAGCUCAGCAAGACACCUCUUAUAUCAUCGAAGGUUGACGUCUGGUCAGCAGGUAUCCUUUUAUACCAAAUGCUAUUUGGAAGACGCCCUUUUGGGCAUGAUCAGACCCAGGAACGAAUACUACGGGAGGACACAAUUAUUAAAGCUCGAAAAGUUGAAUUUCCAUCCAGACCUGCCGUCUCAAAUGAAGCAAAGGAAUUUAUUCGCCGCUGUCUAACAUAUAAUCAAGCAGAGAGGCCAGAUGUUAUAGGGAUUGCUCAAGAUCCAUUUCUCACAUACUCAAAGAAGUAAAUCUUUACAGCUAAGAAGACCCGAGAACUGUGCGCCGCAGGAUUUUGUUUGUUUUCCUGCAAUACCCACAAGGAAUUUUGUACAGCUUGUAAAGAUUUAUUACUCAUUGUUGAUGUGGUGUACUUCCCUACGGGUGAAGGCUGUAGAUUUGGUUAUUCAGCAGCCUAGGUAUGCUUCUGAGUUAUUCUUUUUUCGAUCAUGCGUUGGCACUCUCGUUUUGGGAAGAAAAAUAGUGUAAAGAGUAGGGUUUACAUGAAAGCAUUUUGAAGCUUCGCUUUGGUAAUCUUGUACGAAUGGCGGGGAUAAAUUUUUUGUUGUCCCCUAUGAUGCAAUGCAACUUUGAUCUCUGUAUAAUGUACUCUUGUUUUUGGGACAGACUGAAAUGUAGUUAGAAAGUUGAAUU